UCCCUUCUCCUCAGGGCCCGCAGGGGGCGCCCGCCCGCCGGGCCGCGGCCUCCCCUCCUCUUCCCUCCCAAGAUGGCGGCGGCCGCCUCAGUGCCGGUGCGGGUCUGCCACCAGGAGAUCGUCAAGUUCGACCUGGAGAUCAAGGCGGCCGUGCAGGACAUCCGGGACUGCCCGGGGCCGCUCAGCGCCCUCACGGAGCUCAACGCCGCCGUGAAGGAGAAGUUCCACCACCUCCGCGGCCGCAUCCAGGAGCUGGAACAGAUGGCGAAGGAGCAAGAUAAAGAGUCGGAGAAACAGGCCUUACUGCGGGAAGUGGAAAACCAUAAGAAACAAAUGCUCAGCAAUCAGGCAGCUUGGAGAAAGGCAAAUCUGGCUUGCAAAAUUGCUAUCGACAACUCUGAGAAAGAUCAACUGCUGCAUGGAAGAGACUCCUUAAGACAAAGGAAGACUACAAAAGAAAGUCUGGCUGAGAGUGCAAGUAACAUCACGGAGAGUCUGAUGAGCAUUAGCAGGAUGAUGUCCCAGCAAGUCCAGCAGAGUGAGGAGACCGUGCAGACCCUAGCCAAUUCUUCACGUACCAUCCUGGAAGCAAAUGAAGAAUUUAAGUCCAUGUCUGGGACGAUUCAAUUGGGGCGAAAGCUGAUAACGAAGUACAAUCGCAGGGAACUGACGGACAAGCUGCUGAUCUUUCUCGCCCUUGCCUUAUUCCUGGCCACGGUGCUCUAUAUUUUGAAAAAAAGACUCUUUCCAUUUUUGUAAAACUCAAACUGAACUAUUACAAAAGAUCAGAAAGAGAUGGCACAAUAAUGAUAGGGCUUUUACAUAAAAUAAUAAAGGGAUAUUGCAAUAGCUGGAAGAGCGUUCGAGCCGGCGUGACUGUCAGACUGUCCCCAUGGAGAAUGUGACCUGCAUAAGAAGAGCUUAAAUGAGCACGAGUCAGGAAGGGGCAGGUGGAUCAAGGUGUGGAAAGAAGAAACACUAAUUUGCCUGUAGGUUUGGGAAACCAGACAAACACUUGAGGAACUGGGCACUCAAAGGUGCCAGUCUUAACUUUCAACCUUUCUUCGUUUUGCCUUGAAAUUAACUUUUCUCCUUGGCUUGGACUGGAAGCUGCUUUGACAUCUGUGUGUAAGGUGCUGAGAGUAAGAGGAAGGAUGGAAGUGAGAAACUUGCAUACAUUCCAUUAAUAAACUAUUUAUUGUAUCCAUGUAAACUGAAUUUUGUUUAAAAACAAAGUCUAAUGGAUUCAA